AUCUCUGCAAAGUGGCGGCUGCGCUCACCCACGAUUGAUUUUCCCCUUGUGCCCCUCCAGGCGGGAGAGCCACAGCUUAGCAACCCGGAGCAGAACGCCUUCUCCCCCAUCCUUUCCAGAGCCCCCAGUCCACUCCUGACGCCAUGAGCACCGGGCCCGAGGCUAGCGGAGGAGAGGGAGGCGCCAGGAGCAGGGGACCCCCGGUGGCUGCAGUGCUGCGGGGCCCUGCCCACCUGGGCCAGCAGCGCCGACUCAAACAGGCCACGCAGUUUCUGCACAAGGACUCGGCGGAUCUGCUUCCCAUUGACAGCCUCAGGAGGCUGGGCACCUCCAAGGAUUUGCAGCCACACAGCGUGAUCCAAAGACGCCUGGUGGAAGGAAAGCAGAGUGGAUGCCAGGGUGAGUCUCCUCUGGUGCACCGCCAGGAGAGCAGAAGGGAAGUCAGCAAGCCCCAAAUCUCAGCCCUUCUGGUCAGCUGCAAGUGCCAUGACCAGGUACUCAGAGUGGCUGUGGACACAGGCACCCAGCACAAUCAGAUCUCUUCGCGAUGCCUCAGUCGGCUUGGGCUAGGGAAGAGGGAACUGACAGCCCCAGAUGGGGACCCGGCACCUGGGCCGACCCAGGUGGAACAGCUGGAGCUGCAGCUGGGCCAGGAGACCGUGUCCUGCUCGGCCCAGGUGGUAGACGCAGAGAGUCCUGAAUUCUGCCUCGGGCUGCAGACUUUGCUUUCCCUCAAGUGCUGCAUUGACCUGGAGCGCGGUGUGCUGCGACCAAAAGCCCCCUAUCCAGAGCUGCCCUUCCUGCUUGGGCACCAGGAGCCUGGCCAAUGACUGUGGGUCUGCACAGAGUGCAAGGCAAAGGCCUACCUUAGGGAUGUGGGGCCAAGCAAGUGCCAGGGAGUUGGGAGCCCAACGCACUCUGCCGCCACUGCACCAUUUUCCUUGGGAUUCCUCUCUGCUUCUCGACCUCUGCAGAUCCCCCAGCUCAGGCUGGCACCCACCUUCUCUCCCUUACUCUCCAGAAGCAUCGUCAGGCCUGAAGAGAGGGCUGGAGGCAUCUUGGGUUUCCAGGUCAGCUCCAUGGCCAAGUCAAAAGCUGCAGCUAACUUUCCACCCAUCCAACCCCCUCAAAUGUCCCUCAACUGCCUGUAUCUCACCUCACCUUUUGGGGUUCACUCACUUCCUAUCGCACGGCCAAAACUCACCAGCAUGGUCCCCAGUCCUGCCGACAUUGGCCCAUCUGGUUCUGCACAGCUUUGAUUCAGGAUGACAA